AUGAUCGCGUUUCUCCUCCUGAGUGUGCUGCUGGUGCCCCCUGCCGGGGGCCAUGUUCUGGAUACACCACAUCUCCCUCAGGAGCUGCCUCCAGGACUCACAAAAACUAUCAAUACCACGUUCUUCAAUGGGGUGUUUAAAAACGUGGAAGGUGUGGCUGAAGUUUUUGACUGCCUGGGAUCCCACUUCACCUGGCUUCAGGCUGUCUUCACCAACUUCCCUGCACUGCUGCAAUUCGUGAACGGCAUGAAGUGUGUGGCUGGUCUCUGCCCCCGGGAUUUCGAAGACUAUGGCUGCGCCUGUAGAUUUGAAAUGGAAGGGCUACCCCUUGAUGAGCCUGACAGCUGCUGCUUCCAGCACCGCAGGUGCUACGAGGAGGCGGCUGAGAUGGACUGUCUGCAAGACCCUGGCAAGCUCGGUGCAGAUGUGGACUGCAUCGGCAAGAAGAUCAUGUGUGAGUCCAAGGACACUUGUGAACACCUGCUGUGUACUUGUGACAAGACUGCCAUAGAGUGCUUGGCUCAGUCUGGCAUCAACUCUUCCAUGAACUUUCUAGAUGCCUCCUUUUGCCUGGCUCAGACUGUGGAGACAACCAGCAGGAAGGAGCUGCUGACACUUCUGCCCAAAGUGUUUCCUGUGGAGCCUACAGAUACCAGCCUGACAGCCCUCUCAGGGGAAGACCAAGAUGGAGAAGACACAGGGGCGGCGAGGGCUACCCCUCCUCCAGAAUCUGCAGAGAUUGUUUCCACAGUGAAAGGCAUAUCUCUUGUUUCGGCUGGUGUUAAAUCUUUGGGGUUGGCGAUGUCAUCGGUAGAAAAUAGUCCAGAGGAGACAACUGGAAAAGCCUGUGACAGACUCACCUUCCUGCACCUGGAAAGUGGGCACAACACACAGGUGAUGCCACAGCUGGGAGAGAUGCUCUUUUGCCUGACAUCCCGGUGCCCGGAGGAAUUCGAAUUUUAUGGCUGCUAUUGUGGACAAGAAGGAAGAGGCGAGCCCAAGGAUGCCCUGGACAGGUGCUGUUUGUCCCACCACUGCUGCCUGGAGCAGAUGAGAAGGCUGGGCUGCCUGCCCGAGAGGCUUCCCCGCUCAGCGGUCGUGUGCGAGGAUCACACCCCCAAGUGUGCUGGGCAUAGCCUGUGCCAGAAGCUGCUGUGUGCCUGUGACCAGGUGGCUGCGGAGUGCAUGGCCUCUGCGUCUUUUAACCAAAGCCUCAAGUCACCAGGCAGGCAAGAAUGCCAGGGCCUGCGGGUGUCCUGUGAAGAUGGCAUGCAAGGAGGGCCCGCGGCCUCUUCCCUAGGCUCCAGCUCCGAGGAGAACAGCGAGGAGGCCACGUCCCACAAGGAGGGUCAGAGAAGAACCAGAAGGUUUCUGGGCAAGUCGCUUGGUUCCCUGGGGACCAGGCCACUCCAUGGAAGAGAGAUUCCAGAGCAUGACAAGCACACCCUGUAG